AUGACUCUCAUUUCAAAGAUUAAAGGCAAGAAAAAGGUAAGGAAGCAUUACAGUGCUCCUCCAAUGACGGUUGUCAGCGAUGUUUUGAAAGCUGUAGUCCAUUGCGGAACUACCUUAUCUCAAGCUUUUAAUCACGUGGACCAUUUGAAUUUCUUGAAGCUUGCCCCGGGAGGUCACGUUGGGAGAUUUAUUGUUUGGACGAAAUCAGCAUUUGAGAAAUUGGAUGAGAUUUACGGGUCAUUUGAUAAGCCUUCCUUGAAGAAGAAGGGGUAUGUUUUGCCUAGGGCUAAGAUGGUGAAUGGUGAUUUGGCCAGAAUUAUCAACUCUGACGAGGUGCAAUCUGUGGUGAGGCCAAUCAAGAAGGUGGUGAAGAGGGCACCAAUGAAGAAGAACCCGCUGAAGAAUUUGAAUUGUCUGCUCAAGUUCAAUCCUUAUGCCAAGACUGCCAGGAGGAUGGCUCUCUUGGCUGAGAAAUAG